UUAGGCUCGUGAGGUAGAGAGAAUUGAGAUCAGAAGCUGUUAUCGAUCAGAUCGAGAACAGGUUAGUUAGUUAGUUAGUUAGCAGCUAGCCAUGGCGCAGAGGCUGCUGCAUGGGGUGAUGGAGGCCAAGAUCCUGGAGGCCAAGUUGUCGUCAGUGUCCUCCUCGUCAGUGGUAUCAGAUCACGGGCAGCCCAACCCCGCUGCCAUUAGCAAGAGUCAGAAAAUACCGAGGACAAAGCUCCUGUCACUGAUCAUGAAGCUGCCCUUCAUCUUCACCUGCCAGAGGUUCGACAAGUCCACUGACCUCGGCCACCACGCCGGCGGCAAGCGCCUCGUCUACGCCACCGUUGCCAUGGACGGCGCGCGCGUCGCCCGGACGCGCGCCACCGACCAGCCGCAGUGGAAGGACGAGCCGCUCCACGCCUACUGCGCGCACGACGCCAGCGACGUCGUCGUCACGGUCGUGAGGACGACCACCGGCGGCGGCGGCGGCGGCGGCGAUCCUGACGACGGCACGGCCGCCGAGGAAGUCGUCGUCGGCCAAGCGUACCUGCCUGCGGACGAUGUCGUCGGCGGCAAGGAGGUCGACAGGUGGCUCCCGCUCUGCGACGAGAAGAAGAAGCCACUCGAAGGCCUUGACAAGGUUCAUGUCCAGCUCCGGUUCACCGACGUGUCGUCCGACGUGACGUCCCGGUGGGGUAAGGGCGUCGACGGGCCGGUGCCGCCGCCGCCGUACACUGGCCUGCCGCGCGCGUUCUUCGGCCAGCACCGCGGCUGCAGGUUGACUCUGUACCAGGACGCGCACGUCGCGCCGCCGCUCUCCGGCAGCAGGUGCUGGGAGGACGUGUUCGACGCCGUCGCCAACGCCCGGAGGCUGGUGUACAUCGCCGGCUGGUCGGUGAGCACCGACGUCGCGCUGGUGCGCGACCCAAGGAAGCCUGCGCAGACGCUGGGGCAGCUGCUCAAGUCGAAGGCCGGCGAGCGCGUCGCCGUGCUGCUGCUGGUGUGGGACGAGCAGGCGGCGACGGGCCUCGGCCCAGCGCGGCGGGACGGGACGAUGGCCGCGGCGCGCGGCGAGGACACGGCGAGCUACUUCCGGGGCACGGGCGUGCACUGCGUCGCGUGCCCCCGGGACGGCGCCGUGUUCACGCACCACCAGAAGGUGGUGGUCGCCGACGGGCCGCGCGGCCUCGUCGCGUUCCUCGGCGGCAUCGACCUCUGCGGCGGCAGGUACGACACGCAGGAGCACCCGCUGUUCCGGACGCUCGCCACCGCGCACCGCGACGACUUCCACCAGCCCAGCUUCCCCGGCGCUUCCGUCGCCAAGGGCGGCCCGAGGGAGCCAUGGCACGACGUCCACUGCCGCCUCGAGGGCCCGGCGGCGUGGGACGUGCUCGAUAACUUCGAGCAGAGGUGGCGGAGGCAAGGCGGCGGCGACGCCCUCCUCGCCCACCUCCCCAGGAGCUCCGCCGUGCGCGAGGCGGCGGACCAGGACGCCGACGCGUGGAACGUACAGGUGUUCCGGUCCAUCGACAGCCGCGCGGUAGUCGGGUUCCCGGAGAACGCCGACGAGGCCGCGCGGUGCGGGCUCGUCACCGGCGCCGCCGGGGACACCGUGGAGCGGAGCAUCCAGGACGGCUACAUCCACGCCAUCCGGCGCGCCAAGUACUUCAUCUACAUCGAGAGCCAUUGCUUCCUAGGCAGCUCCUUCGCGUGGAACCACCCGGACGUCGCCGGCGCCGCCAAGAACGGCGCCGCGCUGCACCUCAUCCCGAGGGAGCUGUCGCUGAAGAUCGCCAGCAAGAUCAGGUCCGGCGACUCGUUCCGGGUAUACGUGGUGCUCCCAAUGUGGCCGGAGGGCGUGCCGGAGAGCGCCACCGUGCAGGCCGUCCUCGACUGGCAGCGCCGGACGAUGGAGAUGAUGUACAAGGACGUCGCGGCGGCGCUCGCCGCCAGGGGUUCUACCGGCCAGAACCCCAGGGACUACCUCAGCUUCUUCUGCUUGGGCAAUAGGGAGGCCUACGUCCCCGGCGAGCACGAGCCGCCGGAGCGGCCGGAGCACGACACCGACUACAUGAGGGCGCAGCAGGCCAGGCGCUUCAAGAUCAACGUCAACGCCAACGUCAUGAUAGUCGACGACGAGUACAUCAUCGUGGGGUCGGCGAACGUGAACCAACGGUCCAUGGACGGCGGCAGGGACACGGAGAUGGCGAUGGGCGCGUACCAGCCGCGGAACCUGGACACCUCGUCGUCGUGGCCCAGGGGGCAGGUGCAGCAGUUCCGCCUCGCGCUGUGGCGGGAGCACCUCGGCGCCGCCGCCUGCGCCGGAGACGACGUCCUCUACCCGGGGCGCGCCGGGUGCAUGAACCGUGUGAACCAGGCCGCGCGGCAGAACUGGGACAUGUACGCGAGCGAGAAGACGACGGUCCGGGACAACCUCCCCGGCCACCUCAUGGCGUACCCUGUCGGCGUCGGCGACCGCGGCGAGCUCUGGGAGAUGGUUCCUUGCUUCCCGGACACCAAGGCGAGGGUCUUCGGCUCCAGCUCCGACGACCUUCCACCGGUGCUCAUCGCAUGAAGAACAUGCAUGCAAGGAUGUGAAGAUGUGACGACACAUGUUAUAGGAAAAAUAAUAUAUGGUUAUUUAUUGUGAAUAAAAAUGGUAUAUGAAAAUGCAUUAUGCAUAUAAAGCUUCUCUGCUGCUGCUGAUGCAGUUGUAUAUAAAGAAAAAAAAAACAGGUUGUUUGCGAGUCAAUGAUGCUGAUAUUGAGAUAAAGGAAAUAGUUUCUUAAAGAAAUAAAAAGUUCAAAUUACAAGAAACCAGUGGUUUGUAGGCAGUACAGCAUGAGAGGAGAGGCCGGGAGGGUGAACUUGCUCAAGUUUACCAAGUUUUUAGCA